AUGGAUAAAUAUACUGCUCUACUAAGUGAUGUUAAGUUCUCUACUUUGACGAUAAAUGUUAGUAGAUUCCCGAAAACUCUUUCUCAUUGGGAAUCCUUAAUCAAUUAUUUAAUUACAGCAGCAUCGCCCAUGAACAAAGCCACGGAUCCUAGAAUUUUGAAACUUAUACGUUCUACAUAUUCCUCCCUGUUAUUCCACUUCCCAUAUGCAGAAAAUUACCAUAUUGAUUAUGCGUUAUUAGAAUAUAAAUUGGGUAAUAUUACUGGAUUCCAUAAAAGUUUCAAAUCUGCAUUGGCUGUGUUCAACCAUAGAUCUAUUCUGAUUUGGAUUUCCUACUUGAGAAUUUGUAACGAACUUACAAGUGAUACGAAGCAGCUAUUCAAGAAGUAUGAAGAAGCAGAGUCGAAAAUUGGGCUGCAUUUCCAUUCUGGUGAGUUCUGGGAGAUGUAUUUAGAUCAGUUGUGGGAGAGGUGUCAAUCUAAAUUGAAAUAUUUCAUUAUAUUGAGGAAAGUUUUAGAAAUACCCAUGUAUUCAUUCAGUAAGUUUUUUGCUAGAUGGCUACGACAUGUUGAUGAGACAAAAGAUUUGGAUGCGCUUAAACUAUUUGUACCUAAGGAUGAGCUAUUACGCAAGUUCAAGAUUGAUAUUAAUUAUAACGGUAGACGUGGUCCUUAUUUAUUAGAAGCCAAAAAGAUCUUAAAAAAAUUCACUAAGGAGACUUACAUGGUGGUACAAUACCAGGUUAUGGAGCUUUAUCAGCUAUUUGAAUCAAAAUUACAUAUUCAUUAUUAUUGUUCGAGUGAGACAUUAUUUUCAAGUCAAGAAAUUGAAACUUGGAUGAAGUACUUGGAUUACACUAUAAAUUUGGGUGAGGAAAAAUUGACACAUUUAAAUUUCCAAAGGGCACUUAUUCCUUUGGCUCAUUACGAUUCGAUUUGGAUAAAAUAUUCAAGUUGGUUAAUCGAGAGAGAAAAUGAUUUGCUUACUGCUAAAAACAUUUUAUUAUAUUCUUUAACUAUAAGCUUGAAAAAGACAAAUAUUUUGGAAUUGUUGUAUUCCAUCUUAGUUAAGUUGAAUGAAUUGGACGAGUUAACAAAUAUUUUGGAUACAUUGUCACAAUCAUUUGAUAACAAGAUCGAAGAAAAUAGUGAUUUUGAUAUAUUUUGGGAUUUUAUACAAUUCCAAAUAUUUUUGAAUAACUCUCAGAGACAAAGUAGGUAUUUGACCCAGUCAAAAUUUCCUUUACCAGAUUCGUUACUAGAUAAAGUAAAAAAGUGGUUAUCAUACUGUGAGAAGCGAGAAGGUCAAGAAGUUUUACUCAAUUAUUUAGUGCAGUUACAAUCCAAGGAAAAUACGGAAGUUAUUGAAAAGGAAAUCUUCCAAUACCUUCUUGAUUCCCGCCUUUCAUAUUAUAUCAACAACGGUACGUUCUGGACAUUGUAUUGUCAAUUGAUCUACUUAGAUUCUUCUAGAUCGUAUCUUGAAAAGAGACGGUACAUCAUUAGAAACAUAUUGAGCCAAAUUCCAAAGGAAAAUAAUAAACUGCUUCCACCUUUAUUAGAAUUCGCACAAUCUUACAUACCAGAGGAUAUGGACACUUUGCAUGAACUGUUUGAAUAA